UUCUUCAUACCAUUUACACCUUCAAUACUUUCAAAGGAGCAAUAAUAGUGCUUGCUCUUCUUCUUCUCACUUUCGCUUGUUCAUCGUCAUGGCUCCUCCUUUUCUCUCAUUAAUUCUUUUAUUCCUGAUCAAGAUUGCUUCGAGUUCAGCUCAGGGUCCACCCUCACCUGGAUACUACCCAAGUUCCAGAAUUAGGUCGAUGGGGUUUGAUCAGGGUUACAGAAACCUUUGGGGACCUCAGCAUCAAAACGAAGACCAGGGCGGUUUAAGCAUCUGGCUUGACAGAAGCUCAGGAAGUGGAUUCAAGUCAGUUCGUCAAUAUAGUUCUGGGUACUUUGGUGCAGCCAUCAAGGUUCAGAGUGGUUACACCGCCGGAGUCAUUACCUCAUUCUACCUCUCGAACGGUGAAGAACACCCAAGCGAUCACGACGAGAUCGAUAUCGAGUUCUUGGGCACGACGCUUGAUAAGCCCUAUGUUCUGCAAACCAAUGUGUGGACUAAAGGAAGCGGAGAUGGGAAUAAACUCAUUGGGAGGGAGCACAGGUUCCAUCUCUGGUUUAAUCCAACACAUGACUUUCACAACUAUGCUAUAGUGUAUAAUCCCAGCGAGAUCAUAUUCUUGGUGGAUGAUGUGCCGAUAAGAAGGUACCCAAGGAAGACCGAUGCCACAUUCCCAUUGAGGCCGAUGUGGGUGUACGGAUCCAUAUGGGAUGCAUCAUCAUGGGCCACAGAAGACGGAAAAUACAAAGCCGACUACAACUACCAGCCAUUCAUUGGUAGGUACAAGGACUUCAAACUAGGCCCGGGCUCCGCUGCCUCUCCCUCCGGCACCACCGGCCUGAGUCGGCAGCAGUACGCCGCCAUGGACUGGGUGCAGAGCAAUUACAAGGUCUAUGACUAUUGCACCGACUCCAAGCGAGACCAUUCUCAGACACCCGAGUGUUAGGGUUUUUGCUAGCAAACUGGAGUUCGGCAAUGCCACUCAGUUAUACUAGCUCUGGUUCAAGGGUUAAAUACAUAUAUCUCUAUACAUACACAAAAGAAGAUAUUGUGAUUUGGUUUACAGUUACAUGUAAAGUUGUAAAAAGAUCGAGGGCAUUGAGAUGAAUCUCACACUUGUUAAAAAUAGGUGGCAAGAGUCGUUGAACGUCCAAGCCCUCGAUCAGUUUCAGUAGUGUUUGCAUUGGCAGAAUGCAAUGCGUGCCAGCAUUUUCAGCGUUGCUUAAUUUUGAUGUACCAACAAAAGUUAGUGCAUCACAUAAUAAAUUUUUGAAGUUUGAGUUUUCGUUA